GAGGAAACCAUACCCAAGAUCAUCAAAGGUUCGAACGGACAAUUGAGGGCCGGGGAUUAUGACAAGAUAACUAAGGAUGUCCUCACCACGGCCACAUCCAUUUACCGGUGUCUAAUCGUCACUCAAACGCCUUUUCCCGAGUCACUCAUCAUCGAGACUAAGCUAGCCAGGCGUGCGUGGCGUGAGGGUUCUGCUGUGGCUGGAGUUACAGUCCAACUAAUGCCUUCAUUAGUGAAAAUGAUGACGAGACGUACCUCACAUGUACGCGGGGAACUCAAGACGAAAAUGCGGGGUCUCACAGCCACCUUUUACGGCUUCCGCGCAAGCCGGUCUAUCGGGGCGAUUCAAGCAAACCGUAACUUGGCCGAGCGACUCAAGGAAGGGGCGUCCUUUGUUUUUAAGGAUUGGGAAAUGAAAUCUGGCGUAUACAAAUCUGAUUUAAUCCAGUCAGGGAUAAAUGACAUGUGGUUUGCGAACUGUGUUGACGAAGGCAUAGUCUAUGCUGAAUACUUCGAGCCUUUGCCUGUGAAGAUGAUGGCGCUUGUACUCACAGUGGUCAAAUGUUGUAUUGACGAGUGGAUCACAGGAGUGAGGGAAGACAUUAAAUUCGCAUCCAUCACUUAUUCUCCCAUCUACCUGGUGCACCUCGAGUCCUUGCGACUUUUUGAUGAGCGGACGGCUGCCUACAAACUACUGGGUAGAAUUACUGAC